AGACCAUCGCUGAGGCACAAAACAGGGCAUAUUGAGAUUGAAUGUUGGAGGCUCAAGAAUCAAACCUUGGGGGACUCCCUGCAUCAACGUGGUUUAAUUUAUAAUGUCCAGUGGCAAAAACAUAGCCUUCCAACCUGUACCAGCUGAGAACUUCAUGAUGCACCUGAAGAAGAGGCUGUCUAAAUCUGGGCUGACUGCUCUCAGUGUUUCAGUCUUUUUUAACACUGCUGUCCUUCUCCUGACACACUGCUGUGGAGGUCAGUCUCAGGUAGUUGGACCACUCCAGCCAGUAAUCGUGAUGUUUGGUGAGGACGUAAUUUUGCCAUGCCGUCUGGAACCAGCUGUUGAUGCUGCUGGCAUGACGUUUGAGUGGGCGAGACCUGAUUUGAACCCCAGAUUUGUCCAUGUGUGGCACGAACAUCAAAACCUUCAUGUUAAUCAACAUCCGUCCUACAAAGGAAGAACAUCAGUGUCUAUUAACCAACUGAAGCAGGGAGACAUUUCACUGAAACUUUCCAAAGUCAAACUCUCUGACAGGGGAACAUACAGGUGUUACUUUCCAGAUUUGGAUAAAGACUCAACUGUUCAGCUUGUUGUUGGGACUGCUUCCCAGGCUGUCAUCAGUUUAGCAGGAAUCGACAGAUCCUCCAGUGGAGUGGUGUUACAGUGUGAGUCUGCAGGCUGGUAUCCAGAGCCUGAGGUGUUGUGGCUGGACGGUGAGGGAAAGCUCCUCUCUGCUGGACCUACAGAGACAGUCAGAGGUCCUGAUGACCUCUAUGCUGUCAGCAGCAGAGUGACUGUGGAGAAGAGACACAGCAACAGCUUCACCUGUAGAGUCCAACAGAAAAACAUCAACCAGACCAGAGAGACACACAUCCAGGUUCCAGAUGAUCUCUUUGUGGCCCCGUGUAGUUCUGCAGCCUGUAUCAGCAUCAGUUUGGUUGCUUGCUUCAUUUGUGUUGCUGCAGUUGGUUUUGCUGCAUGGAAAUGGAGACAGAACAAAAUCAAAACCAAGAUGACCUCACCAGGAGAAGCACAGCGGCUCAUGGCAGAGGAAGAACAUAAAAACAUGGUGGAUGCACUGAUGAAACAGAUGGAGGGACUGAAGGAGCAGAAAGAUAAACUGAAUAGUCAAAAGAUAAAGAUGGAGAAACUGGUAGAGGACAGUGAGACAAAGCUUCAGUCAGUGGAGAGAGAUUUAAGAGAGAAGGAUGAAGAUAAAGGAUUCAUCAGUUCACCAGGAUUCAUAAAGCUCAAAGAAAUAAUCUCUCAGAAUAAAUGGAGCCUGAAUGACAGACUGAUGGAACUUGAGACACUGGUGCUGGACACUGAGAAACUGUUGGAGAUGACAGAAGGUGUGAUUGUUAGAACAACAGAAAAGUCAGAGAACCACAUGGACAAAAAAUAACAUGGUGUUAAACAGCUGGUAAAGAGUGUUUUACUAUCAACACAGCAGCAGUUUUGGGCCUGAGCCUGAUUAAAAACACAAAUUCCUGUUGUUAAAAAAAAAAAAAUCAUCAUCAUCAGUCACUGGCUCUGAGUCUCACUCACAACAGGUUCUGCGCUAUGGGCUGCGCCCUCAGUGCGUCUUCAUCUUCAAGUGUGCACAGUGUUCCUCGCACAGAUAAUGAUCACUGCUCUCUGCUGUAUGUUACACUAAACAUCUCUCCCACUGCUGGGGAUGCAGAGCCAAAUACUUUCAAACAAGUGGCCUUGCAGAAACUCUCUCUUUUACCGUCCCUCUUGUGCGCAUCAAGAACUUCCAGUUUCAUUGAAAACAAAAAGGCGAGAACUCGACCCAAAUCAAUCCUUCUGGAAUACUGGGAAACUCAUUUAAAUGUAGGCUAUCGAACUGAAAUAUUCUUUAAUGUUUUUGUGAAAGAAAAAACCUGGUUUCAGUUUUAUAUUUUUGAACUUAACAUCUCUUCUAUCUCUCUUCUAUAUCUAUUGUGUAAUAUUAAAGAAAUAGAGUCCUUUGUUGUAUCCCACCAAUACAACACAGUGUCUGGAGAUGUCUUGUUUAAAAAAAAAAAAAAGAAAGAAAAUAUCUGUCUAUAUUUAGUGUUUCUCGCCAAAACAAACUGUGUGUAGUGCGUUGCUGAAUUUCCUUCCAUAUUAAACAUUGUGAACUGUUUUUAUUUCACUAA